AUGAAUUGCCCUCCGGCCACCGGCACCGCCGUCACCAGCACCGGCAAGAAGCCAACGACCGCCGGCUCACACGCCAACCUCCUCCCUACUUCUCCUCUCGCCGCGUCUAGUCUCCACCUUCCCCGCUUGCCGCCGCCACCUCCCCUUUCGUGCAGCAACCACGCUCCCGUCCCCGCUGCCACCUCCACCCUCUCCAGGAACCCCGCCACCGCCACCCUCCACCCAUCCGAUGAUUCCCUCUCCUCCAUGUCCCCGCGCGAGCAGACGGCGCUCCUCUCGCGGCAGCGCCACUGGCGCCGCGCCCACGACCUGUUCGACCGUUUGCGCGCGCUCCCGAGCUACGCCCCCAACCCUGUCCACUACAACGUCCUCCUCCGCCACCUCGCCCGCGCACGCCGGUGGUCCGAGCUCGGCCGCACCUGGCUCAGGAUGUCCCGGGACGACGCCGUGCCGCCCUCCAAUCCAGCCUACGCCGCCCUCGCCGACGCUCUUGCCAAGGCCGGUUUGGCACAAGAAUCCCUCCUGCUUCUCCUGCACAUGCGCGCACGAGGUGUUUCCCCUGACGAGGUAUCCAUGAACACCUUCGUCCGCAUCCUCAAGAACACUGGCCGCUACUCGGACGCACUCAUCCUCUUCACCAACUGGUGCGAUGGCAGGUUCGAUGUUGAAUUCCUCCAUCUUGAAUACAGACCCGUUGAUUUCCAUGGGCCGAUGAAAUUCUUGCUAGACGACAUGUCCCACGAGAAACUUCAUUCUGCUGGCGCACCGGGCGUUGAGGAGGUUCCUAGUAGGAAGCCAAAGCUUGUGGUCACGUAUAACACUAUGAUCGACCUUUAUGGAAAGGCUGGGAGGCUCAAGGACGCGCUGGACAUGUUUCUGGAUAUGCUGGCUUGUCAAGUUAUGCCAGACAUAUAUACGUUCAAUUCCAUGAUCAACGUAUUUGGCUCACAUGGCAGCAUAGAGGAGGCAGACAUCCUGCUAGCUAACAUGCUCGUCAGAGGGAUCACUCCGGACAUUAGGACCUUCAAUGUGCUGAUGACGGUGUCUGCGUCAGUGGGGGAUGUGGAGGGAGCUUUGAGGUACUACCGUCAGAUUGGGAGGACCGGGUUAUGUGCCGAUGCUGUGAGCUAUAGGAUUAUGCUGCAGGUGCUAUGUGAGAGGAACAUGGUGCAUCAAGCAGAAGAUGUGAUCCAAGGGAUUAUCAAGUCUGGUACUGGUGUUCAUGAACAGUCCAUUCCACUUGUCAUGAAGAUGUACAUUGAUCAAGGAUUGCUUGACAAGGCAAAUGCAUUCUUUGAAAGGCAUUGCAGAGGUGCGGAGGUGUCAUCCAGGAAUUAUGCUGCCAUCAUGGAUGCUUAUGCAGACAAGUGUCUCUGGGAAGAAACGGAGCAUAUUUUCCACUGUGAUAGGGGAGCUGGGGGCAAGAGGGACAUAGUGGAAUAUAAUGUCAUGGUUAAGGCUUAUGGUUUGGCAAAACAGUAUGAUAGAGUCGCACCUCUACUUGAGAACAUGAAGUGCUCUAGUAUCUCACCUGAUGAGUGCACUUACAAUUCCUUAAUUCAGAUGUUUUCUGUUGGUGGAUUUCCACUGAGAGCUAAGAAGCUUUUGCGUAAAAUGAAAGACACGGGAUUUAAACCAGCAUGUGAGACAUACUCUGCUGUUAUUAGAUCUUACUCCCACAAUUCCUUGGUAUCUGAAGCCAUAGAUAUGUACAAUGAAAUGAAGGCCUCUGCUGUUGAGCCAAAUGUGGUUGUUUAUGGUUUGAUGAUUGAUAUGUUUGCGGAGACAGGACAAGUGGAUAAGGCACUGCACUACAGCAAUUUGAUGGAAGAAUCUGGAAUCGUUCCAAAUCAUAUUACUUUGACUUCGAUAAUCAAGGCCUAUAGCAAGGUCAAUUGCUGGAAGGAAGCGCAGAUUUUUUAUACAAGGAUGAGGAACAUGGAUGGUGGCCCUGAUAUCAUUGCCUCUAAUACCAUGCUAAACCUCUAUGCAAAACUUGGGAUGGUCUUUGAGGCUAAGGCGAUAUUUGACAGUUUGACGAGAAAUAAUCAGGCUGAUGAUGUUUCGUACAUUACCAUGAUGUUCCUCUACAAGAACAUGGGCUUGCUAAGCGAGUCCAUUAAGAUCGCCCAUAAAUUACAGGAUUCAGGUUUACUAUCUGACUGUGCUGCAUAUAAUGCUGUUAUGGCAUGUUAUGUGGCCAAGGGUAACUUGAGAGAAUGUGCAGAAUUGGUGCAGAAAAUGGUGGAAGAUAGCAUCUUUCCAGAUGCCUCAAUGUUUCGGAUGAUAUUUUCUGCAAUGAAUAAAGUUAAUAUUUCAUCUGAGGAAGUGUUGCAGUUAGAAUCAGCAUAUAAUGAUGGCAGGAGUUCUGCCAAGCAUGCUAUACUUGCAUUCUUGUUUUCCAUGGCUGGCAUGCAUGCUACUGCAUUAAAUAUCUGCGAGCAACUUUUAAAGCCUGAGUUGGCAAUUGAUCCACGUGCAUACAAUGUUGCCUUCAAGGUGUAUGCUUCCUGUGGAGAGGUGGACAAAGCUUUCAGUUUGUUCACGCAGAUGCAUGCUUUAGGGCUAAAACCGGACACGGUUACUUACAUCCAUUUGUCAACUUGUUACGGGAUAUCUGGAAUGUCAGAAGCCAUGAGAAGGAUAAAUGGUCUUCUUGCAUAUAGAAACAGCGAGUUUAGCAAGUCUUUACAUAAUGCACUGGUUUCCUUUAGAGAAUCUGGAAACAAUGAUCUUGCUGCUCAGUUACUAGUCAAGAAAUGUUAAAGAGUUCAUCUAAGGAGCUGUAAACACACAAGGUGAUGAUGACUUCAUUGUGGACUUUGAAACUGGAGGUAAUGUAAUUGAUUAUUGGAGGUGAACUUUUUUUAAAGAUGUACAAAGAAGGGAUUCAGAAUCAUCUAUAUGAUUGAUGAUUGGAGGGAUAAAUUAUACUAUGUAGGUCAUCACCAAAUGAGCACGUGCAACAUGAUAACUUGCUACACAUGCAGUUAAGGGGCUGAGCAUGCCCAUGGCUCCAUGCGUAGUAGGCACAUCUUGUGCAUGGAAACGGGCAAACUGCAGUUUUGCAGAUGAAGGUGAUGUUCUGGAAGUUAUGUUUCCGGUGGAUCUGUUGGGCGUUUGUCUCUGUAGACUGAAUAAGGGCACAUCAAGAUAUGAUUCAGCUGUCUCAGGCUCCAACUAAAGCUCAUUGAAAGGUGAGAUGACCUGCCGCUUAUUAGUCAACAGUCAGAACACUGAGGUAUAUUGAUCCUCGGCGAAUUUCAGUGGGCAGAUCCCUGUGUACAUUAGGCUCUUGGCACCCUCUGUAACUUCAUUAAAGCUUGAUCUAAAUGGAGGGCCAUAUACAUUGAGUAACUGAUCUUACAUGCUGUGUUAUCGUUGACUUUAGCACCUCAGUGCUGGUUU